UCGUGCUUUUUUUAUUCAAGCUAUGUAAACAUCCCGGCAGUGUUUGUACGUAUCUAAAACAGAGAAAUACUACCAUUUUCUCUGUCGUCCGUAAUGACAGCUUGGUUUCAUUUGGAUAAAAGCUAACGACGGUAACUCCAACCAUGAGUUGCGGCUACAAAGAAAGGGUGUUUAAUAUGCCUGUUAGACAACCGUCGAAAGGUGCCAUGCCGUCUGAAGUUGAUUGUCAGCAGCCCCCACAGAUAAACGGCGACACUAUGGCCAAACAACAUGCCAGUCAGAUACGGCUUCCUCCCAAGAAAGACUUUCGGUCGGAUACAGAACAGUUACAGCAACAGAUCCAGAAGGUCUCUCCAUUCCCUUCUGUCCACGCUCUGCGCAACACCGAUAGUCCCCUUGACCUGUCGGUUAAAACACGCAAGCGUAGUCCGGACACUACGAUAUUCGAUCCAUUCCUCAGUGGAUUAUCACCAAUGAAGAGACCUAAAGUCCCCUCCCAACUUGCCCCACCUAGUCCUCUGGAUUUAACUAAAACCAAGAACUCGUCAUUCAAACAAAUACCGGGAAGUAUGAUGACACCACCUUUUCUUGUGCAGAACUCUUACGUAUAUAAAACCGCGGCACUCAAAACAGUAUCACCGAAACCAAAAUCUAACAAGCCGUCCAAAUGUAAAGAAGUUCCUAGCCCUUUAAAAUCAAUGUCAGAUAGUGUCGGUAGCAAUCGAAUGGCUAAUAGUCAAACCGCUAAUCGAUUCAAAUUAAACGCAGGUUACAUUGGUUAUCCUCCAUUAUUUGUUCCAACCACAAGCAGCGUUUCAUCGCCGCCUUCCCUCUCUAGUAAAUCUCCCCUGGCUCAUCCCGAUGCUCGUUCCGGUUUGCAAAUGUCUCCGACUGUGCGUGAUUACCCGACUGACUCCCUCAAAUCUCAGCGAUCUAUCCAAGCUACUUCAGGACACACAUCGUCACCAACGUACGAUUCACAACACUGUUUAACAUUAGCACGUUCUCAUUCAUCGCAACAUCACCACCAGCAGCAGCAGUACCAGUACAAUCAGCAGCAGCGGCAACAGCAACAACAAUCACAGCAACAUUAUCAACCGCACCAGACCUCACAUCAGACUUCACGACAGAUGCAGGUAACCAACCAGAGGUGCCAACUAUUCCCCCAGCAAACGUCAAACCCUUAUCUGCCAGGCCCUCAGCCAUCACAGACGUUGACAUCCUCUCAACGCCAGUUACCACCUUCACCGCACCAUCAUCGGUUGAGAGACCAAGAACUCUCUCAACACCAUCAACAGCAGUCACAACAACAGCGGCUGCAACAACAACAAAUCACACAUCAACAACAACAACGCCUACAGCAACAUUACGUUUCACAUCGCCACCAAACAUCUCCUCUUCACUCAUCCUCAUCUCUGUCUUCGCCAACGACAGUGACAAUAGCAUCGACAUCAACGCCAUCACUUCCCUCUCCAUCGACUUCUUCUGCGCGUGUCUCAAACUUAUUAUCAGGAAGGGCAGCUAGUCACACCGACGUUGGCAACAUGACCGCCAGUAUGUCAGCGAAAGUAUUUCCCUUCCAUCAAAUGGAGGCUAAGAAGUUUGAAAAUUGUUCUACAGCUGGCAAAUCCCAUACGAACGGUGGUGGUCCGGGUGCAGACUUGACAUCUCUUCGUUACAGCCCCGACAGUACUAACUGUUCGAUAGCCAAACGUAACACGACAGAUCUACAUGCACAGUCGGCAGCACGCCUCGUCGCUCGCCAUCAGCAACAGCUGACGCCGAUGGCCGCUCAGAUGCAUAUGUCAAGCCAAGAAAAAUCCAACAUCCAAUUGAUGCAGGCCGGUAAAAGUUCUUCAAACAAGCUUAGCUCUCUUGCGUCGAUAUCCUCGUACCAACAACAUCAACAACAGAAGAUGUAUGUACCGGGUCCUGUGAGUCAGAAAAAUACUUCAGAAAACAGCAAAAGGCACAGUAGCGGAGCUUUGACUUCACUGUCACCGAGCAAGCAAGCUCUGAUGAUGGAAUCACAAUUAAGCAAAGCUUAUCCUUCGUACCAACAGCAACAAAGGCUACUGUAUAUGUCUAACCAAACUCCCUUUGCACCUGUUCCCUUAUCUUUAUCGUCACCCUCAUUGUCUUCAUCUACGACCACCACUGAUGUCAACUCAACUUCACUUACAUCCGUCCUCAACAUUUCAAAAUCCUCAAUUCCUCACGGUGUGCAGAAACAGCAGAAACAGUCUUUUGGAGGAAGUCAGUCGCAUUACUCUGCUGGCUCCGGUGUCGAAGUCACUUACAACAGCGCCAACAAUAACAGCAGCUGCAGCAGUAGUAGUAGUAGCAGUAGUAAUAGUACUUCUACCACCACAACAGCCAAUAAUCACUUAAAUCUAAAAUCGCCGUUGCAUUCAACAAUGGAUUCACUGAAGUCUGUUGAUUCUAAUGAUGACGUCAGGAUUAUCAGUCCAACAACCAGCUGUAAUAGCAGACAACCUAAAGAUGUACCAAUUAUCAACGUGAUUUCAGAUUCUAACAGCUCAUCAUCUGAAAGAUCUUCCCUGAAGGUUGUCCAUAGUAACAGUAGUGGUGCUAAUUCCAAGGAAUACCAGAACUCGUCGAAUGCUGCUGACUCUAUUCCACCAUAUAGCACUCCUUUGUCGAUAAAUAUUCCAAGUGAUAUCUCUGCAGAAGCCUCCCAUUCUUCAGCUAGUAACAAGAAAGUAGAUGUUAUGAUAACCAAAUCUGCCUCUGAAAGCAAAGAUCCAAAACUUGGUUCUAGGAAGCAUAUUAUAAUGAAUGCUGUCAAUCAAGAUGAAGCGCUGAAAAAGGCGUUCCACGUGGAAAACGGAAUUGUAACCGUCAACCCGCACGAAGAAAGCAUAUCAGAAUCUUCUCUUAUCAGUAUUAGCCCAACACCAUCGCCUAAAAUGCCGAUAUUAAGUCCUCAACACAAGAACCCGCCUCGUGUCGGUUCACCAUCCACAAGCGAACCGCCGCCACUGGAACCUAGUUCAGCGACGUUUGUAGACAACUCUAGCCCAGAUGCAUUUAUCCAAGAUAAUGCUGAAAUAAUAAUGAGGCCAACUCUCGAAGUGAAACGGAACUCCACAAAUGGUAUACCUCAAAAUCUGAAACCUUCAAUUCCUUACAUUCAUGAAUCUAUGUAUCGCCCUCAUUUUACACAUCAGGAGGUUCCUCACCCACUUUACGGUCACCCAAUGUCAUAUCCGUCGGCUUUCAAUAAUCCGAACCUACAUCUUCCAUACAUGCCGAUCAGUUUGCCAACAGAGAACUCUCCUCUCCAGACAAACAGACUUCAGGACGGCAUUAGACAUCCGAAAACUGUCAUGGACAGUAUGCGAGAUAAACGGGACGGUUUUAGUGGGCGCAGUACUAUACGGAAUAAAAACAUCCCUGUUGCUAACGUUGCACCCAUAGUUCAAGUGAAACAACAUCAUAAAACUGCAAUCACCGCAAACAACAGCCUUCACAACAGUGUUAAUGUUAGCCACGGCCUUCAUAUCAACCACCGAACUAAUAACAAUAAUACAAAUAAUAAUAAUAACAACAGUAACAGCAACAACAUUGGUAAUAACAACAACAGCAGUAAUAUUAACAGUAGUGGUGUUAUUAGUAAUAGCAAUAGUAAUAAUAUUAACAACAGUAACAAUAACAACAGUAAUAAUAACGGCAACAACAACAAGAAUAACAUGAACAGAAGUAACAACAGCAACUCGAGGAGCCCUUCGGAGGAACCGAAAAUAAUUUCUGUAUCGACUGAUAGCAAUAGUCGUCGAUCGAGUACGGACUCGAAAUGUGCCAACAAGGGCAGGGAUUCCAGCGAUAAAGUCGCUUCCCCGAUGCCGCGCACUUUUUUCUCUACUAAAAACAUCAUCUCAAUGAUUCAGAAUUCUGACAGUGAUAACAUUCUGGAAUCUACAGUGCAGAUGUGCUGCGAUGCCAACACCCCCAAGGGGAAGAUGUCACUGAAGGACGCUAUCAACACUCUGCUAGAAAAACACUGCCAAGAAUUACACGUGGACACGGACAAUUCCGACAAGAUCUCCUCGUGUAUGUCUUCAUCUAAGUCUAGCGAUGUUGAAAUUAUUGAAAAUCCUUUCCAGAAAGUUGAUGAUGAUGACGGCGACGACGAUGACGAUAUUGUUAUUACUGGUACUGAAACGAGGAGCAAACCAGACGAACCUGCGACGUCAGACAUGAAGGAACAAUCGCUCGGGAAACAACACAAUGGCAAUUAUGAUGUCAUCGUUGCCCCGGAUUAUUCGUCAAAUUUUCAAUCAAACCGCAUUCCAAAUGAACGCGAUGCCCAUCACCGCUUGAGACAGAAACUUUUAGGUUCAGUGAACGAAACGUCUAAUAACAACAACAGCAACAACACUAACAACACAUCAACUGAUUCUUACCAUCGGUGGAACGAAUCUGAUGACCAAAUUAUAGAUUCCAGCAAACCACAACAUUCUCACAUAUCAUCUGCCGUUCACAUUUCUGCUGAACAUCCUGGGAAUUUUACGGAUAUACCUUUUCAGCGGGAUAAGUUUCCAUGGGAUACCUCAAGUACUUUAAAUAAAAGAAAACAUGUGGAGAAAUUAAAUGCGGCACUUAAAGAGAAAGGAAAGUUUUAUUUCCAGAAAGCCAAGACGAAUAUUCGUCGAAUGGCAGAAGAACUCAAACGAAAAGCUGUAAUGAGAUCCAUUCUUUACAAAAGAACGUUUUGUCAAGAUGUCAGCAACGAACUGGUGGAAAGUCAGUCGAAGAAGCAAGAGCGUAGUAUUGUUACAAGAGCUAGCACUCGUAAGUCUUCGUCACAAGAGCAUCAACUCUGUCUUCGGCCAAGGGCCGCGAGACCGGAACGCGGGGCUCUUAUCGAAAAAGACAGCGAAGAAGAAGAGAGUUUGCCGGGUUGUUGGGAGAUCGAGAGCAACAGCCCCGCCUUGAAGCUUCGCAGGAAAGCGAACAGCUCGAACGCCAGUACAAGUGGCAGCUCAGGUAAGAAGCGAGGUGGUCUAAUGAUGACCCUGCAUUGGAGACCUAAACGCCUCUCGCACAAGUACCACGUUGCUGAUCGAAGGACGUAUCGAAUGUUAUCGUAUUACCCGGCUCAUGCUCUUUCUCUCCGAAGUAAGCUUUUCCCAAAACGAUAUGGUUCACGAAAUAUCCAGUGGACAGAGCUACGGCGGAUACGAGCGUCGUCUGCACUGCGCUUGCGCAGGAGACUACAGCAUUCAAAUGAAUCUCGUGAUGAAGAAACAGAAAGUGGGACGAGUAACAGUAUUCCGAUGCCACCAGAAAUACGCAGAUUAGCAAUAAACAAGAACUCGGGAGAAACUCUCUUACACCGAUCUGCUCGAUGUGGUUAUCAGGAUGUACUCUACUACUGUUUGAAAACGAGGUCCGUGGAUGUAAACGCCCGCGACAACGCGGGAUUCACACCAUUACACGAGUGCUGUGUUCGAGGGAAUUUAUACGUCGCGCGCUAUUUGAUUUCAUACGGAGCUGAUGUUAACCAAUGUUCUCAAGACGGAAUCAGAUCCUCGGAAACUUGCGGGAGGAACAGUCAAAGUUUUUCUCAGAUUGGAGAUCUGAUGCUUGCUACUGAGCGUAAUUUGCUAAAGACACCCGCGGACCAUACAGCGGUGUGA